AGCCCCCCAAAUGGGCGGAGCUUAGACCUGCUUCUGUGUCAAGUCAUCAAAACAGUGUGGAGCAGCAGCGACGUGAGCUCGCGACCAGGAGACGCGGUGCGAAUUAUGCGCGCGCUCAGUCACAUGCUCGCGGAGUUUUAAAAGUUCUCUGACUUUUAAAACAGUUUGCAUUUUUCAAGAUCCUUUCUUCACAGGAUUUAUGCAUAGUUUUUUUCUUUCUACUGAAACCGGGGAGAUUUCUGCGUGAUUUCUGGCAGCGCACAAAACUUCUGAUCUGAAGUCUCAGAGAUGGAGUCUGAGGAAAGCAAAAUUUCCGUGUGGGUUUGUCGUGAAGAGAAGCUCGUGUCCGGUUUGUCCAAGCGCACGACGUGUGCGGACGUAAUUAAAGUCCUGCUGGAGGAACAAAAUUUGCACGGGCGCGCGUCCGCGUCAGCGCGCUCUUAUUGCAUUGUGGAGAAGUGGCGCGGAUUCGAGCGCGUUUUGCCCAACAAGACUAAAAUACUGCGCUUGUGGAAUGCAUGGGGUGAAGAGCAGGAAUAUGUCCGAUUCGUGCUCGUCAAGCAGGACGCGUCCUUGGGCAGCAGCGCGCCACGCAGUGCCGAGGCGCGACUCGUGCCCAGCCGGCAGAACCCGUGCGCACGCGAGGGCACUGUGCGCCAAGCCACCAUGGCACUGUCGCCCGAGAAGCAACGGCGCGUGGUCCGAAAGGCGUUCAGAAAGCUCGAACGGAUCAAUAAGAAGCGCGCGCGGGCACAGGGCAAGGAUGCGGAGAGAAUGGAGACCCUCGUGCAUCUGGUGGUCUCGCAGGACCACACCAUCAGGCAGCAGGUGGAGCGCAUCCAGGAGCUGGACCGCGAGAUUGAACUCUAUGAGGCUAAGGUGCACCUGGACAGGGUAAGGGAACAUGGUGCCAACUACGUCCAGGAGACCUACAUGGUGGAAGGAGCUGCAUCCCGGCAUUCACACCCCAGUGAUGGAAAGCAAACUCUUGCCCAGUUGGAGGAGUACAUCCGAAAAUGUGAGGAGGUGAUAAGGCUGCAGGAAGAUCUUACUGAUCGCCAAGUUCUGCUGGACAGCAUAACCAGAGAUAUCCAGGAGGAGCUAAACCAGAGGUGGAUGAAGCGGAGACAGGAGGAGCUGGCUAAUAAGGAUUUUGGAAAUGACAGCACGCUCAGGGUUAUAAAUCAAACGUGGGAAAUAAAUGCAUGUGAAAUGCUUCCAAAAGUGGACAUGUCACUUGAGGAUGAUUUGCUCUUAGAGGAGGAGCGGAUUAGGACUCAACUUGACGCGAGUUUGUACAUUGGCCUUAGGCUAAGUACGGAUUUAGAAACUGCUAGAAAUGACCUGGACUUGGUGCAGGAGAUCUGGAGGGGAAGAGACAAAGAGCUAAAGGAUUUGCUUGAAAAAGUGGACUCACUCGAUUUAGAGGAAGAGGAGGAAGAAGAGGAGGAGGAGGAGGAGGAAAGGUGCGACAUGCUUAAGGACACUGAUAGAGUAAAUGAUGAAGACACAGCAAGUGGUCAUGGUGCAUGGGUUGAGCAGGCCAGAGGACUUGCUGCUAAAGCAUGUAGCACUAAUGAUGAUGAUUCAGACACAGGUCUCAGCUCCAUGCACAGCCAAGACUCGGACAUUUCCCCUGUUUUCGAGUCUCUUGUAUAGCAGCACACACAGGGACUGGGAAUUUCCCCAGAGCUGAAUUAAUACAUGAAGAGAGUUUGUAUUUAUAAACAUCUGGACUGAAAUAGACUCAGUACGAUUUUAAUAAACCACUGGAGAUUUUGUUGUAUUGUGUAUAAUCACCACCAGGACACGUACUGUAGUCCUGUUGUUUAUGUAACAUAAAAACUCUAAUUAUAAAA